CUCUUUCCCUCUUUCUCUCUUUCUCUCUCUCUCUCUCUCUUUCUCUCGGCUGCAUUUCCCCCUUUUUCAUCUAUCUCCGCUGUUCUUCUCUCUUCUUCUCUUGUCGUCUGCUAUAUCUCUCUCCUCCUCCUCCUCCUCCUCCUCCUUCUCCUCUACCUGUAAACUCCAGCGUGUGCUCCGUCGGCGUUGACGAGAAGGCCGCCUCCUUAAACUUUUUUCCACCCGCGUCCGGCUGUCGCGAUCUCCUCCUCCUGCCCCCACCCCCGCUCCGCACGCGACUCCAUAUGCACGCACGUACGCACGUACGCACGUAACGCACGCUUGCACGCACGCGGCGAUCAGUGCGGAACCGUCCGAGGAGCGGGUUCACGAUUGAUGGAUACGAGCGCAAGACGCCGGACACGUCCCGGCAAUUCGAGAGGUGUCUUCAUGGCGAGUCACGUGGAUCGGCGGCGGUGAUUUGGGAGAGUCUCUCGUUAAUACGGCACGGGCCGAGUGCCGUGGUACUCCAUACGUGCCCUCCGUCCGCUCGUCGACGGAUGUCUACCACUUGGACAGGCUAAUCGGCGUCCGCACGGGGCUUCGCGGGCGCGUGAUCGGCGAGCGAGAGGCGCACGAGGAAAUCGCGGUGGAUCGGGUCGAUGUGCACAGGUCCGAGAGAACCUACCUACGACACUUCACGUCGCUCGGUGACAGUUCCAGUUCGGAAGGAGUUCAUAUGGAAUGGCAUCACGUGGACCGUCGCCGCCGACGCUGCCGAUCGCGAUAGCGAUGGCCGCCGUGAUGACAGUCGUGGCUAGUGGCCUCUGCCCGCCGCGGUGUCGAUGCGACGACGAGAGCCUGCGCGCCACGUGCGCCCACGCCGGCCUCGAGGUCGUGCCGAUCCAGUUAAACCCGGAGAUCCGCCACUUGGACCUGUCGAGCAAUCGGGUGGCCAACGUGCACCUCACCUUCAGCUUCUACGGUUACCUCGAGAGUCUCGACCUCAGCUCGAAUCUCAUCCACACGCUGGGCCUGGAGAACUUCAGCCUGCAGCAGAACCUGGUGGUGCUCAACGUCAGCGACAACGCGAUCCGCACGUUGGCGAAGAAUGCCCUGCGCGGCCUCACCUCGCUGAAGGAGCUGAACCUCGCCGGCAACAACAUCUCGCAGAUGGACGAGCAGGCGUUCAAGUACACGAGCGAGCUGGAGCUGCUGAAUCUCAGCGACAACUCGAUCACCAGCCUGCCGGACGGCCUGCUGAGGAACCUGCACAAGAUACGCACGUUGAUCCUCAGCAAGAACUCCCUGCUGGAGAUACCGACCGGCAACCUCGCGCUGGCGCCGAGCCUUGAGCGCAUCGACCUGUCGGAUAAUCUGAUCCUCGAGCUGGACCGGGACUCCCUGCCGUCCUUGCCGUCGCUGGUCUCCCUGAACCUCUCCAACAACGUCAUCAGGAGCAUCGCCGACGUGGCGUUCGACCGUCUGCCGGAUCUCCUCUACUUGGACCUGUCCGGGAACAAUCUAACGUCCGUGCCUACGGCCGCGCUGGCCCGCCUCAGCGUCCUCACGAGCCUCGUGCUGAGCACCAACCCCCUCGGCUCGCUGGAGGCGGUGGCGUUCCGCAACCUCUUCGAGCUGAGGAGCCUGGAGCUCAACGACUGCACGAUAGCGUCGGUGAACGCGCGUGCCUUCGCCGACAACGUGAACCUCGAGCGCAUCUCGAUGGACGGGAACCGCGAGCUGCGAGAACUGCCCGCCCGAGUGCUCUACAGCGCCAGGUACCUCAGGUGGGUGUCCCUGCGCCGCUGCAGCCUGGCGACGCUGCAGCCGACGCAGUUCCCCGUCGACGGGCUGUCGCACCUCCGCGUCGGCGGCAACCCCCUCGUGUGCAACUGCUCGGUGCACUGGCUGUGGAACGUGAUCCGCGCCGAAGAGCGGCGGAACGAGACCCGGCUCGAGCUCGACACGCACGACAUCGUCUGCAGCGACGAGGAGUUCGCCGGCAAGGCCUUGAUCGCCCUGUCGGAGGGCUCCCUGCGCUGUCGCCUGAGCCUGCUCUACAUGUCGCUGUCGGCCACCGGCUGCCUGGCCGCCGCGGCGACCAUACUCGCCCUCGUCGCUCACGUCACCCGGGCCAAGAGGAAGCGACGGCUGGCGUACGCCGCGCCGAACCGGCCCGAGUUCCUCGUCUACGUCGGCAGGAGCAACAACGAGCUGGACAAGAACGCGGAGUCCUACAGCCGCCGGCUGCUGGCCCGCAGCGAGGAUACCUCGUAUGAUUCCCCGCGCGGCGGCGGCGGCGGCGGCGGCGGGGGCGGCAAGGUCGCCACGGCGGAGCGCAGUCCUCAGUCGCAGGACACCAACAUCUACGAGACGCCGCGCUACGCCCGUCCCAGCCGCCGCGACGUCGAGCCGUCCUACAGGAAGCAGCCGGAGGAAGGGGUGUACGCGGUGGCUGAUGUGACGGAUCUGCGCGACGAGCCGCCGGAAGUGACGUCGCUGUAUCGCGCGCACGGCGGCCCGGUGGCCGCCAGCAUCUCCGCCAGCAGCAGGUCGAGCGCGGCUCAGGCGCGCCGCUUGGGCUACGGUUACGAUUACGAGUACGAUUACGACUACGAGCCGCCGCCGCCGCCUCCGCCGCCGUUGCUCUCGGAGAAGCCGCACGUCGUCUUCGUGUGAGCGGACGCGGCUCGCGAGCACCGUGCUUUCGCUGAGCACCGCCUUGUUGUUGUUGUUGUUGUCGUCGUGAGCGUUGCGCACCCCGAGCCGCGACGAAUCCGGGGAGGAUCCAGUCCCUCCCUCUCUGGAGGGGUCGUUACGAGGCAGCCGGAUACGCGCGGCGGAUACGGUAUCUCCGUAUCAUGGACUUUUAACUGUCCGAAAUAUCUUCCGGAUUACGCAGCCUGCGGGGCACACCCCUUUCUCCCUCUCUCUCUCUCUCUCUCUCUCUUCCU